AUGAGCACCUGGGCCGGUUUGUUCCAAGGCUUGGUGACUGAGAGAAAGACUCGAACAGCUCGAUUCAUCGAUUUCUAUCCAAUAGCUGGAGACUACGAUCCCAUUAUGGCCUUGGACUGCCUGUUGAAAACGACUGAACCACAAAAGAAGGCCGUCAUAACAAGCUUCACUGCCACGCAAGAGUAUCUGGUGCUUCGCAAGGUUGGAAUGCAUCGGAGGAGAAGAAUACCCAGUUAUCUGAACGCUUUUCUCUCUGGUUAUUAUGAGCUUGUGAAAGUAGAAAACACCAGCAACAAGGUGAACUACACUUGCAAGCUCAUCAACCCCACUUGUAGGCCUCCAGCAGUAAAAAAAAGGUCUAAAGCGGGCGAGGUUCUGGAAAGUGUGUAUCACGGCUGGAAAGCGAUCGUGAAGCCCGAGGUUCUAAGCUUCAUCCUGCGGUAUAGUGAGGCCAUGAGACAGCUUGGACCCCUGGAAGCAGAAAUGCUAUCAAAAUCGACUGUUGAUGGACCCUCUCCGCCUCUACACCGUUGCAAGGGCGACCAUGACUCGAGCGACCCUAAUGAAUAG